AAAAGUUCAAUUCAAAACAAGAAGAUUUUCAUCUUGAUUAUUGUAUUUUUCUAAUACUUACCUAAAAUAAUAGGUAAUACGUAUUAAUUUUAUUUAAAAGAAAGUGACCCAAGUGCACAAUGAAUUUUAUGGGGCGUGUGGUAACAAACACCAUGAUAAAAUGUGUCUUUUCGCAAAAUACUAGAUUCAUUUCUUGCUGGUCUUGUGGAAAAGAUGCCCCAACAUUGGUUUCCAAUCUAUUCUGUCCGAAUUGUAAAUCUCUGCAGAAGCCCAACAAGAGCGAUAACUAUUUCAAAGUUAUUGGAGUCCAAGAAACCUACAAUUUAGACCCCAAUGUACUUGCAAAGAGGUAUAAAGAGUUACAAAAGUUUUUGCAUCCUGAUAAGUUUGCUAAUCGGGAUUCUAAAGAAUUGGAAGUGUCCGAAGAAUAUUCAUCUCUUGUAAAUGAAGCAUACAAUACAUUGUUGGAGCCACUAGCCCGAGGUAUCUACAUGCUGCGGCUGAAAGGCCAAGAGAUCCCCGAGCAGACGGACCACGAUCCAGAGUUCCUCAUGGAAAUAAUGGAAAUUAAUGAGGCCGUAGAAAGUGCGGAGACCGAAGCGGACAUCAUGAAACUCAAUAAGGAAAACAAAUCAGUAAUUGAAUCUCUACAGAAACAACUGUCUAGCUCUUUCUCCGAUGGUGAUAUGAAACAAGUGACCAAGCUCUUGGCUCGGUUAAAAUACUACACAAGUAUUGAAAACCAAAUCCAAGGAGCGAUAAGAAGCAAAGGUAUUAUCCGAUGAAAUAGUUUUGUGCUAAUGAACAAUAGUGUUCUGUUUAUAGUAUUAUUUUGCUAUGGCUAAUGUUACCUUAAGUAAGUAUGUAUAGAAAUAUUAAGUUAAAGUUCUUGUAGUGAUUUUUAUUGUUACUUGUGAUUGUGACGUUAAUAAACCUUUAGUGCAAUGUUU